AUGUCGCACGGGUCUCUCUCUCACGAGGAUUACACCGUGGGAUGGAUCUGUGCCCUUCCGGUGGAGCUAGCUGCAGCGAAAGUGAUGCUGGAUCAGAUACAUCCUCCCCUACCAAAUGCCCCCACCGAUCGCAACACUUACGUCCUGGGAACGAUAUCGGGUCAUAAUGUGGUGGUCGCCGGGUUGUCUGCGGGUGUUAUCGGCCCCGUGUCUGCAGCAGUCGUGGCCGAGCAAAUGGUCAGCACGUUCUGUAAUAUUCGAUUCGGGCUUAUGGUCGGAAUCGGUGGCGGCAUCCCCAACUCGGAAGUUGAUAUCCGACUGGGUGACGUCGUGGUCAGCAUACCGACUCGGGAGUUUGGCGGUGUUGUUCAGUAUGACCAUGGAAAAUUGGUCGACGGCCGCACAGAACGGACUGGGUCUCUCAAUCAGCCCCCCCAGGUGUUGUUGACGGCUAUUGCUCAGCUGCAAGCAGAUCAUCUGAUUCAGGAUAGUUUGACGGCAGCUAUCAUAUCUCAGGUCCUUGAAGAACGUCCGCAAAUGAGAAGAAAUUUUGCCUAUCCGGGGGGUGAAGAAGACCGUUUAUUCCAUGCGACGUACAAGCACGCGCAGCGUGGGGAGUCUUGUCGAGAUUCUUGCGAUUCAUCGCUUACAAUCCUACGGCCAUCGCGACAGACAGAGCAGCCGACGAUAUACUAUGGUCUCAUUGCGUCGGGAAACCAGGUCAUAAAAGACAGCAAUAUGCGGGACCAGAUUGGAAAAGACCUGGGAGCGUACUGCGUGGAAAUGGAAGCGGCAGGCCUGAUGAACAACUUCCCAUGUCUGAUAAUUCGAGGUAUCUGCGACUAUGCAGACUCGCAUAAAAACGACAAGUGGCAGGGAUAUGCUGCCGCUGUAGCCGCAGCCUACGCGAAGGAGCUUCUUUCGGUCACAUCUGUGAGCCAAACUGCGGCUAGCAGAAAGGCAGUCGAGAUUUUGCAAGCAGAGUUAUUCAAAAUCCCAUUUGAUACGAAGGGCGUCCCUAUGAUCGACGAAUUCAUUGGCCGAGAAACCGAGAUUGAGAAUAUUUGGAGCAUAAUACGUCCUGAUACUGAACCCAUGCGGAAAGUAGCAAUUCUGAACGGAAUGGGGGGGAUUGGCAAGACGCAACUGGCAAUUCACCUAGCUCGUGUGCACAAGGGAGACUUCACUGCAAUCUUUUGGAUUGACGGUUCAAAUAAACAAACUCUGAUCCGCUCGCUCGAAACCAUCUUCAGCAAGAUUCCAGCUUUACAGUACGAGCAGGCCAGUGAAUACAGUCAACAAUCUGGGUCAAGGAAUGAAUCCCAAAUGCGCGCAGAGAAGGUCUUGAGGUGGCUUUCAAUAGAGAAAAAUUCCAAAUGGCUGCUGAUCUUCGACAAUGUGGAUGAAUACAAUCCAGUGCCGAUAGGCCAAGAUGACAGUGGAGAUAUAUACGAUAUCGAACAGUAUUUCCCAUCUGCUGAUCAUGGUUCGAUAAUUAUCACUACUCGCCUGCAGCAGCUGGCUGAGCUAGGGAGAUCGUGUCCGCUCCUGGCCAUGCAUCUGCUGGAAUCGACAAUACUUCUGGCAAAAUCAUCUGGGUAUAAUACAGAGCCUCGCACCACUAUCAAUGACGACAUGGAGAAGCUGGCAAGCCGCUUGGAAGGACUGCCUCUCGCCAUAGUCAUUGCAGGCUCAUACAUCCGUUGCACAGGGAUUAGCCAUGCUAAAUAUCUUCAAUAUUAUGAGCAAGCGUGGAACGAAAUGCAAUCUGCCCGUGCAGCACGACCUCCACGUCAAUAUUCGAAUGGCAACUUGAUGACCACCUGGUGCAUUUCUUACUUCGAAGUGAAAAAGAGAAGCUCAUCCUCUGCACGAUUGUUUUUCCUUCUCUCUUACUUCUAUCACAAUGACAUUUGUCUGAUCCAGAAGAACCUCGAAAUCAAUAGCUAUUCGCUGCAUCCAGUCAUACAAGACUGGUGUCAGAAUGAACUCACCAAUAUUGAUCCAACAUUGACGGAUGAUGUUCAAAAAAACAAAACUUUUGUUAUGGCAUCCCUCGGUCAAACCAUACCUGAUAAACUUACGCCAGACUAUUGGGUUCAGCAGAAACGUGUACUACCUCAUGUCAAUCAUGUCAGGCCGAGAUUGGAAGCUUACCUAGGUGAUGGCCAACAUGAGAUCAUUCUAAUGUCUAUCUUUGAGUUCGGGGUUCUAUACGGAAAUGAAGAUGAUUGGGGUUGUGCCGAAAUGAUGUAUCGCCAGGCGUUUCACGGCUUGGAUGAGAUUUUCGGCCCUGACGAUAUAUACACCCUCCGCGCAAUGAACAAUCUCGGAUUGAGCCUGCAACAUCAAGAAAAGAUCGACGAAGCAGUAGAGAUCCUUUUGCAGACCUUGAAAAGAAAGGAAAGGGUUUUAGGAAGUGAUGACGAAUCAACACUGGAUACAGUAAGCAAUCUGGCAGGACUCUACGGCGUCCAGAACAAGACCCUUGAGGCGGAAAUGAUGUUUCGCCGAGCGCUCGAAACAAAGGAGAAUAUUCUUGGACCUACCCAUCCCUCUACUAUGCAGACGUUGCAGUCUUUCGCAUCAUUUUACGGUGAUCAUGAUAGGCUGGCUGAAGCAAAAGACAUGACUGAGAGGACCGUGAUGGGGUUCACGAAAGAAUUGGGACCAGAACAUAUAUCGACCCUGCAAGCUCGAUUCAAUCUCGCUGGUGUAUUUCUGAAACAAGGCAACUUGGAGGCCGUAGAACGAGAGCUCAGUCGCGCCCGAGACGGAUUUGAGAGAAACUUGGGUCCAGGGCAUGAGACUACACUAUAUGCGACUUUGCUACUAGCCCAGAAUGAUCGGUGUCAACACAAAACCGAGAAGGCUAAGUUGCUGCUCACCAGAAUGACUGCAAUAACUGAGCACACGAGCAAAAAAGCUGCCAUGAUAGCUCUCUGUUUGUCCAAUGAUCUUGCCAGAAUGUACCACAAUGAAGGCGAUUUUGACAGAGCAGAGGAGCUUUUCCAGUCAACAGCAUUAGAAUGGCAAAGGAUGUGCGGGUUGCGUGAUAGAUGUACUCUUCUUGCUCUAGAUGGACUCGCGGAUACUUAUCGCUCUAAAAACAAGAUUUGCGAGGCAGAAGCAAUUUGGACUCUCAUUGUAGAGGGUCCAUUGUGCAGUGGUGCUACCGAGUCGGAUACAUUGACACAUAUUGCACCAGACGCAUCCCCAAGACUACAUGCACUGAGGUCACUGGCAAGUGUGCGUCAAGAACAAGGGAGGCUACCCGAGGCCAAUCAAAUCCUCGAAGAAGCAUUAACAGUGGCCCUUGAGUCGUUUGAACCUUCCGAUCCAGUCAGUCAGGGAAUCAUCAAAGAUCUCCAUGCCGUUCGAUGCUUGUUAGGUCAUUCUGAGGAAGGAAACAUAGUGACAAAGGAUGAACAGUCGCAUCUGUUUCGUUUUCCUGUGGGCCCAUACACGGCUCGUCUCGCUACCGGAUGCAAUUACGUUCAAGUCCCCCCAUCACACAAACGAACAUCCUCCGAACUGUGUACAUCAUUUUAUAUGAUCUCUGCGCCAGCACCCGAUGACCUUGCCAUUGUCCAAUUCGAGAUAACCUGUCGCAGCGAAGGACAGCUGAACGACGGAUUGGAGGGGCCACGAACCUGGUUUGAAUGCUCUGUUCUGCGACCAUGGAGUGAAGAUGCGGACUUUGACAGUCUAUUGGAAACUGUGGACAUCAAGUCGUGCCCGGAGGACUUUGGAGAUGAUAUACAGGAGGCCGGCUGGUAUUUUGAGAAUAUUCCCGUGGCUUCAGGCGGUUCCGAGAAUCGAGAUGACGGUUCUGCGGAGAUCAGCUGUACUGUUGUAACAAAUGAAGCUUCAGAGGAAAAACAGGAGCAUAUGGUCAUAUGGUACCGCGAUACAGAUGAUCCCAAUGGUCGACGCGUUAUGCCCGUUCUUCAAGAAGGUGAUAUAAUUGUUUUAUGGGCACGAGCUCAGUAUCCGGGAUGGGUUCAUCAUGUGGAAAGGGCUCGAAUCAUCCUAUUCCACCUCCCAGAUCAGCCGGAUGAUUGGUGA